AUGGCAGUAUGGGAUCAAUUGGAUGUAAAUCAAGCACAUAAAACCUAUGCGGUGCUAGGUAUUUUCACUACCUUGUUCUGUCUAGUUUCUUUGCUUAUGAAAGAAAGAUUAUUUGUUGGUGAAGCAUUCAUAUCUACCGUCACUGGGGUAAUUGUAGGCCCCCAUGCUGCAAAUAUCAUGAAUCCAUUGGAAUGGAGUGAUAAUCCAGAUUUCUUAACUUUAGAGAUAUCAAGAAUCAUUUUAAUCGUUCAAUUAUUUGCAGUCUCAGUUGAAUUACCUCAAAGAUAUAUUAAAAAGCAUUUGGUUUCAUUGAUUGUGUUAUUAUGCUUCACUAUGAUAUUAGGCUGGGUCAUCACUGGUCUUUUCACAUGGAUUAUAUUCCCUGAAUUUAAUUUUAUCGAUGGUCUUGCUAUAACAGCUGCUAUAACAGCUACCGAUCCAGUAUUAGCAGCUGCCAUUGUUGGUAAGGGAAAGUUUAGUGAAAGAAUUCCUGCAUAUAUAAGGGAUCUACUGAGUGCAGAAUCUGGUGCUAAUGAUGGGUUAGCAUUCCCUUUUGUUUUGUUAGCUGUUGAUAUAUUGACUAAGAAAGGCCAUCCAGGUAUUAUUAUUAGAGAUUGGUUUUGUAUCGCAAUUCUUUAUGAGUGUGUCUUUGGUGUUUUAUUGGGUACAGUUAUUGGAUACUUAGGUAAAAAGGCGAUUCAAUUCUGUGAAGCGAGAAAUAUGGUUGAUAAACAAUCUUUACUGGUUUUUUACAUCACACUAUCAUUAAUAUGUACUGGGCUUGGAUCGAUCUUGGGUGUUGAUGAUUUAUUAGUUGCUUUCGCUGCGGGUGCUGCCUUUGCGUGGGAUGGUUGGUUUGUUAAACAAUCCGAAGGCCAACAAUUAUCAAAUUCAAUUGAUUUAUUAUUGAAUGUCGGAUACUUCUUAUACUUUGGAACAAUUAUACCAUGGGAAGAUUUCAAUAAUAAAGAAAUUGGAUUACAUUGGUGGAGAUUAGUUCUCCUAGGAAUAGCUAUCAUAUUUUUAAGAAGAAUACCUGCUGCAUUAGCUGCUAAACCAUUUGUACCUGAUAUUAAAAGUUGGAAGGAAGCAUUAUUUGUUGGCCAUUUUGGUCCUGUUGGAGUUGGUGGUAUUUUCUGUUCAAUUGUUACCAAAUCUGCUAUUGAAGGUCAUUUUACCAAAGAAGAAACCCCAAUUGAUGAAAUUGAUGAAUCCAUGCCUCAUUAUUGGGUUCUGAGAUGUAUUUGGCCUAUUGUAUCAUUUAUUGUCAUUGUAUCUAUUUUGGUUCAUGGAUUUUCAGUUACUGCGAUCGUGUUUUAUAGCAAAAUGAAAAAAGGUGAUGUAUCUAGCAAGACUUUGGAUACAAACGCAACUACAUUAGAAGCUAAACAACAGCAAGAUAUGGAAUCAAUUAAGUUAAAUGAAUUUCGUGAGGCAACUUCAGACGAAGGUAUAGGAUCAAGUAAUUUACACCUAAGAAGAAACUCAACCAAGGCCGGUAAGCUGUUAGGAAAAAAUUAUACUAAGAGGAAGGAUGAACUUAAAAUGGAAACAUUAAAAUUCUUCAAAAUUGGCCGUGAUAUUCUUGUUGAAGAUUCAAAAGACACAAUUGUUAAAAAAUAUAGAUUAAACGAUGAAGAUCCAGAAUCAAAUGAUUUAGACUUGAACUUGACUUUUGAGAAUGACAAUAAUGGAAUAUAUGACGAUGAUGAGGUGAAAAAGAUGAUUAGGGGUCUAUUUCCAAAGAAAUAA